UGGGGAACAGCGCAAACUCAGAACCUCGAACAGGGAAGUGAGAGAAUACUAUGUCGGCACAGCGAUAAAGUGGCUAAGUUUUCACUUUUCACAAAAUGGCUAUGGAAUCAUGGAGGUUAUGUGCGAGAUGGCUGGUGGAAUGUGGCGUUUUGCCAUUCGAUCACAGGAUUAUGAAUCAAGAUGCCGAAGUUUUCGAUCUAGGACAGACUCUUCGGGACGGUGUUAUCCUGUGUCAUUUGCUCAACCACAUAAAACCGGGCUCCAUCGACACUUUAGAACUCUCGAACAUACGUUCACAAACUUCACAGUUCUUGUGUAUGAAAAACAUCCGAACAUUCCUGCGAGCCUGUUCUAGGGUAUUCAAGAUACGAGAAGCGGACUUCUUUGAUCCAGCAUGGCUCUUCCAGAUGUCAAACUUUGGAUCGCUCAUCGAUCUGCUGUCCAAACUCUCACAAGCAGACGAUGCCAUCCGCAUGGGAGCACAACCCUUCAAGACGGAACAAGAGGACAUUUAUGGAGGGCUGGAGGAUCUGGCCGACGAGCAUGAUUUAGCAAACGAGGGCGACAUUUACGACACGGUGGACGAAGAUGAAGGGGACAAGAUUUACGACGAUCUGGUCAAUAUUCGGCGAGAGCUCACCAGCCACAGGACUCAGCAGCGCCAGAGCGAGCCUAAAACAGCAAAGCGUGAUUUUUGUCGGACGGAGAUAGUCGAGACAGAAGGGAAAUACGUGGAAGCUUUGUCCAUGCUUUGUGAGCAAUUCAUCAAACCACUGAAGAAGAUCUUAGACAGGUCAGAUAUUGACAAGAUUUUCCUGAAUAUUGAGGAACUUCUGAGGCGGCACCGAGGGUUCCUAAGAGACCUUGAAGAUGCCUUCCGCAGGCCCACUCCGACCAUGGCCCAUGCCUUCAAGAAACACAAGCCAGACUUCCUCAUCUAUGGCUUCUACUGUGCACACAUGCUCGGUGCUCAGAACCACAUAGAGAAGGUCAGCAACAACCCACAAAUCAGAGCAAAGAUUGAGGAGUUUGAGAGGAAAGCGAAUGACAGGAAAUUCCGGUUGCGUGAUCUUCUGAGUGUUCCCAUGCAAAGAAUACUCAAGUACCAUCUUCUGUUAAAGGAAUUAGUGAAGAGUACAGACAAGCAACAUACAGAGAGGAAGGAGUUGGAUGAAGCGCUGGAUGAGAUGCAGGAUGUUUCCAUGUUUGUGAAUGAGGUGAAGAGGGACCAUGAGCUGAUGCAGACCAAUGACUCAAUCCAAGCAAGUUUGGUCAGCUACAGAGGGAAGAGUCUGAACACGUAUGGACGUAACCAGAAAGAUGGAGAGUUUACAUACACAUUAAACAUUGUUUUGUUUUCAUAUGAGCUCAUCUCAUGUUUCAUUGAUCGAUUCUUUGUCUUUGUUUAACACAGUUUGGUCAGCUACAGAGGGGAGAGUCUGAAUUCGUACGGACGUAACCAGAAAGAUGGAGAGUUGAAGAUCAGAGUCACUGGAGCAAAGAAGAAUGCCGCACAAACAAGAUACUGCUUCUUGUUUGACAAGGUCCUUCUGGUCUGUAAAAGUGGUGGAAGGCUAAACGUGGAGAAGCUAUGGGGCCAGGAGAGCCAUGAGUACAACGACACCAUUGACCUAACCCAGUACAAUGUGGAGAAUAACUUACCAAGUGGCAGAAGUGGACGGUGGAACUUCUGCUUUCAUCUGACUGCUAAAGACAAGACUGGCUCCAGGAGCAACAUUGAGGUGUACUGUAAAACUGAAGAGAUGAUGCUGAGAUGGGUGGAAGGAAUUCGCCUUGCCCAGGACAACAUCCUUCCCAGGACCACCAAAGGACACACGGUAGAAUACACAUCCUUCAAGGAAUCUACAACGUGCGAUUCAUGCGGAAAACUUCUCAGAGGCCUGUUCUUCCAAGGUUACAAGUGCACGACGUGCGGCAUCUCAGUACACAAAGAGUGCAUCAGUUCCAACCACACCUCCUACUGCAAGGACCAGUCAGGCGGCAAAUCCAACGCGCCCUCAAUGUUCACCGGCCAACAGCUCAGGGUCUCCAGGUCCUACAAGGGUGCGCCGAUGCCUCCCAACGGGGAACAGCCUCUUAUCGUGUCGGGCGGAUCGCAGGUGGUCGUGCUGGAGAACAUCGGCAGUGACUGGAAGCGAGUCAAGAUGCUGAGCCCGCCAAACCAAAUUGGGAUUGUACCAUCAGUUUACCUGAUGGAGAAUUAUGAGCCAGUUGAUAUUUCUCCCCCUCAAGGAUUUCGACAACCACCGCCAACGCAAACACCAAAAGCACCCGAAGUAUCAGACUUAUUUCAAUACCCUUGGUUUAUUGGGGAGAUGGAGAGAGAUAAAGCCAAUGACCUGCUCAUAACUAAGCCUGGAUGUUUCUUACUCAGGAAGAGUAAGAGAGGAUAUGCUGUCAGCUUGGAACAUGAAGGCAAUAUCAAGCAUAUGAAGGUAGUGAUGGAGAACAAUCAAUUUGGACUAGCAGAACAAACAACCUUCUCUUCAUUACAAGAAAUGAUCAACCACUACGGUACAAACAGCCUUGUGAGCGUGUUCCGAGGGCUGAAUGCGUAUCUACGGAAGCCAUACAGAGGAGGAACCAUGCCCUUAACAGAGAAUGGAGCUGGUCCCAACCCUGAAGCCGAACCUCCAACUUCUUUAGGAGCUGGUUCCAACUCUCAAGCGAUACUUACAGGUGGGAGGAACAAACGUUACAACGUGACCGGGCAGGCCAAGGCCAUGUAUGACUUCAGUGCGAGGGAUACGAGAGAGCUGACGUUGAGGGAAAACGAGAUGGUGGCCAUCAUCAGCAAGGCAGGAGGACAUAGAGGGUGGUGGAAAGGAUGCAUAGGCGACAGGGUUGGCUAUUUCCCUUCGACGUAUGUUGAAGAAAUCGACGUGCCGUCCUGAUGCACCACGAGACUUUCACCACGAUAACAUCCCAGAUGGAAUCGCGACUUGCGUUAUGAUUAUUGUAUGUACUGUUUCACAGAGCCUUUAUCCUUCUAUACAUACAUGUGUGAUAAUUGAAAAAAACUAGUGUGAAUAUUAGACUUAUAUAUUUGUGAGAUAAAGUGGUGAAGACAAGCGAGUGUAACUAACUAACCCAGACUCCUCCUCAUCGACUGAUGAGAAAUGUUGCCGAUAUUAAAGUGGCUUCGGUAUAUGUGCUGGACCCACAAGAUAUAAUAUAAACUGAUCAGAGUAGAUUCAUAUCAACCUGUUAUCCCUAUGUAUGUAUUUGUCCCCCCCCCCCCACCCCCCAAUCAAAAAAAAAAGGGAGGGGUAAUCUUCUAUAUAUCUUUUUUUGCAUUGUUUAUUCAAUUCUAAUUUUCUAAACUACAUCUCUGUGUUAUAGUCCAGACGUAUCACAAUGUAGUGAAGUAUCCGCCAUUGAAAAUCAACUUCUCUUUACAUGGGUUGAAUGAUAAUGUGAAAAGAGGUUGCAUAUAGUUUGGUUGUAUGCUAUAAACAACAGGUAAUUAAACACAAUGCUUCUGGGGAAAUUGAGACUUUAAAAAAAAAACUUUUAUUUUUAAUUAUUCAUUUAGAACCAUCAAAUGUUUGUUAUUAUGUAUCGCCAUAAUUUGUUCUAUCAUUUACUUUUGUACAGGGAUCAAGAGCAGUGAUAUCAAAAUAUUUGCUAUUUUAUACUAUGUAGUUUUUUGUACUCCCUUCUAAAGAAGAACAAAAUGUUAUUAGGGGCCUGUUUCACAAAGUCUUUUUUCAAUGACAAUGACAAAGAUCUGUGACAAAUCUGCUGAUAUCCAAUCAGAAGCAAGGAUUUCAGUAGCUUAUAACAAAAACUGUCAUUUGUCACUGAUGACAAGUUUUGUGAAACACCCCCAAGUAAGACUUUCUCAUCGUGGAAUAUGACAUCAAUUACAUAUUUUUGAUAUAAUACUUCUGUUUAGAUGUCAAAGUGAACAUUGGUAGCUGUAUCUCGUAGUUUAUGCUUGCUUUCCCAAGCUUGUGUGCUGUCUGAGUAGCCAAACUUCAUGUUAAUUAAACUCACAGCUUUUAUAUCAUCCUCUUUAAUAUUGAGACCAAAAUAAUACAUGCGUAUAUUAUAGUCUUAAUUUAUUUUGAAUAUGUUGCACAAUUUGAUAUGUCACAAUGAUAUAAUACACAUGCUAAAUGUAUAUUCUUUAUACCGAUGGAUGGGGGUUAUAGUUGGUCAAUAUGCAUAAUUCAGGUAACGGUAAAAAUGUUACGUGUAAACAGAACUGAGUAGACUACUUUAUUUGGUUGCACAGAGGAAUUCCCAACCGAUGUAAGAAUAGAGCCUUGUAUUUAAAUAAAGAUGAAGGUAAUCUUAACUAAAUAUUCAAUCGUCAUGAAAUUAACAAUUGAGGACUUUGUCCUCUUACUGAAACUAGUCGAACAAAGAGUACUGAUGCAUCCAUGUUAACAUCUUAUACGUGCAAAUAAGUGAAAGGACGAGCCAUUGAUAUUUGCUGAUGAGUGGAAAACAAGAAAACUCACACUUUGUCAAUGACAUUUUGAAAGAGAAUGUUGAGUUCUGGUCAUGCAAUUGCAAUGUGAAAAAAAUGUGUGGAAGUUAUUGGUGUAUACCGUGAGGUUUUGGAAUCAUCAAAGUGAUCAGAAAUUGGCCCAGUCUUGCUAUUAAAGUGCCACAUGCACUGUACACAGAAACGUGUACAAGGGCCUACACAAAAAUGUGGCAUGAAAGUUGUCAUAUUUUCGAAUGUGAAGGCAUUUGAAGAGCCAUCCUUUUGAGGCAACAUUUUUCUAUAAUACUUUCCAAACUUAAGAGAAUUAAUAAAAAAUAUACAUUAUCUUUCACCUCUCCCAGACCUCAACCUUCUCUUUAAGAAAUUAUAAAGACAUUCCAAUUUUUUCUCAAGAUUGUGAAAAAAAUGUCACAUGUGUGGCAAAAGAGACCAAAAUAUAUUUUUUUAAUGUCAGUUGUAUGGUUGGGUUGUGUUUUAACCUUGGCCAAUCUUACAUCACCUACCAGUACAUUGUAUCAGGCACGUCGGAAUGUUGUGAGUAAACACUGCAUGGAGGGGGAAUACAAAUUGUUUGGUGUACAAUGGUUUGCCCCUUAAUGAAAUGUAAACUCGCACCUUUCUGGUGAUUCUACAUUAUAUCUCAUGACAAAGAUCAUUCAAUAUCUUCUGUUUUGUAUGGUAUUGCAUAUUUUGUGUUACACAGAAAUACACAUUUUUCCAAGAAGUGAAGUCAGAUAUUUCCAUGAAUUUCCAUGAAGUUUGAUUAAGGCAAGCAUAACUAUUUUGGCGGAGAGAAUGUCAUUAUGCAUGCAUGUUAUUUAAGGAAAUUACAUGAGAAAGUUGUAUGUUGGAAUAUUCAUGAGGGAAAACAUGUUAAUAUUUAGAUUUGUACUAGUGGGUAUAGGAUUGUUAUUAGGAACCAAUGAAUUGAUCAGACUCUUUGAGUCAAUAUGCAAGAAAAGAGAACAAAUUAUUUGUUUUGCUAUUUUUAAAAUGAGAUGAGACUUCCGAUACACUUCCUUCAGAAAGCUAGCAUUAACAGAUCAAGAGAUGUAUCAAUAACUUUCACAGAUCAAGAGAAAUAUCAAUAGUUUUUUAUUCAGAUAUGGGUAUUUUUAUGAACAAAUUUGCUUCCUUGUAAACAUUU